AUGGAGAACGAAGGGUCUGGUGCCGCGAAUGCCGAAGCUUCUGUCACACCCAUAGCCCCAGAAGCAAGCCCAAAGUCCAGCGUGUUCAAGAAUGCGUUGAACAAACUGGGAAGCAGUAGCAGCAGCAAGAAAGAAAAGUCAAGCAACAUCCUGCAAUCUGCGACGACUGGGUUCUUUGGCCGCAAGAAGGCGUCAUCGAAUCCGCCGAUGUUUCCUGGUUCAGUGAAACAAGCGUCGUUCUGUGGCGCGCAGCUGCCUCCAGUGUGGGCGGCUCCCCCGCCAGUUGUGAAGAAUCUCAAUCCAAAUGACACCAACCAUACAAGCUCAACGUCCCUGAAUGAUACGACGACGGUGCCGGGGUCCCGCAAUGCUGCUGGCAACUUGAGGUCAGAGCAGUUUGCAGCCUUGCUGAAGAGUGACAAGGAUUCGGUCGACUUGGAACGUCUACGCGAAUUGAGCUGGGGCGGGGUGCCAGUGGAAUUUCGACCGCUCGUGUGGAAGUUGCUCCUGAGCUACGUGCCGGCCCACAACGACCGCCGGGACGCCAUGCUAACUCGAAAGCGCAGUGAAUACCGCAAUUUGUUGAACCAAUACUACUACAUUCCCGACACGGACCGCGGAGUGAAGGAGCAAGAAACCCUGCAUCAGAUCCUGAUCGACAUACCUCGAACGAAUCCGGACGUCCCGCUGUUCCAAAACCCUGUCAUUCAAAAGUGCAUGGAGCGAGCGCUGUACAUUUGGGCAAUUCGCCAUCCCGCCAGCGGCUACGUCCAAGGCAUCAACGACCUGCUGACGCCGUUCGUGACUGUCUUUCUGUCGUCCUUUUCGGAGGACCCAGAGCGAUGCGACAUGACGCAGAUUUCGGACGACAUUGUACAGGAAAUCGAAGCAGACAGCUACUGGUGCCUCACCAAGCUCUUGGACGAUAUCCAGGACCAUUACACAUUUUCGCAGCCAGGCCUGCAGCGCAUGGUGCAGCGGAUGGAAGAUCUCGUGCGGCGUUGCGACGCCGAUUUGCAUGGACACAUCGUCGAGACGGAGCAAGUGCAGUUUGUCCAGUUUGCGUUCCGGUGGAUGAACUGCCUCCUCAUGCGCGAAUGCCCGCUCAACGCGAUCAUUCGGCUUUGGGACACAUAUCUGUGCGAAGACAACGGGUUUGAGAGCUUCCACGUGUACGUGUGCGCCGCGAUUCUCAUGACGUUUGGCGAUGCCCUCAAGGACAUGCCGUUUCAAGACCUCGUCCUGUUUUUGCAAAAGCUGCCCACAAACGAGUGGGGCGAGCACGACAUUGAGCCGCUCCUGUCGCGGGCAUACAUCCUUCAGACGUAUUUCGCCGACGCCCCCAACCACAUUCCCCACAAGUAG